CCAGUAGCUCAGAGGUUUGUGUGCGCUGGUCGUUCCAACUUCAUCAUAGCUCAAGCCACUGCCGAUAACCUGGCUUGCCUACUGCUCCCCACGAGAUUUCCUUAUCUAAGAACAUGGCUAAGCCGUAUAAUCAGGUAGUCCUGUUUGGAGAUUCCCUCUUCCAGCAGUCUAGCGCAGUUCAAGAUGGCUUCUCGUUUCAGGGUGCUUUGCAGGACCACUGUAUACGAUACCUUGAUGUGGUAAACAGGGGAUUCUCUGGCUGGAAUACCAAAAAUGCUUUGGAAUAUCUUCCUCAGAUAUUCUUGCCGCCGUCGCCGUCGAAUCCUAAGAUAGAGUACCUUCUGGUGCUGUUAGGUGCAAAUGACGCGUGCCUCCCCGUCCCGACAAAUACACAGGGAGUUCCAAUCGAUCAAUACAAGGAUAACUUAACCAAGAUCCUAAAUCACGAUUGUAUAAAAGCUCAUAACCCUAAGAUUCUGCUGGUUACACCACCACCAAUCGACGAAAUUCGAAUUACUGAGCUUGACUUGGCUGCAGGUCACGCGCAAGCGGUUCGGCAAGCGGUUGUCAGCGCCUCAUUCUCUGAAACAGCUCGAAAAGUGGCGGCAGAGAUCCCCGGUAUCGUGCUUAUCGAUCUCCAGAAAGCAAUCUUAGACAAGGCAGUCUCCUUGACUACAGACUUUGAUGCGGGCGGGCCUCCCUUGGGGUACCCUGAAGGCAAACGAGGUGCCUUAGAGCAGCUUUUACCGGACGGGUUGCACAUGAGUGGAGAGGCAUACAAGGUCUUUUUUGAUAUUGUCAAGCCGCAUAUUGGUCCAUUUCCAGAGGGACAAACGGUGUUUCCAGAGUGGCGUGUGUUAAACCCCGGAACACUUUAAUCGUCCAAGACAAGAGCCUAUCGGAGUUUAGGUAGUCCAGGGGUCCAAGGUUGUUAUUAUAGCAUACCUAGGUCGUAAGUAACCUGCAUAUAGGUUACUCAAAUGUAAUGAGAUCCUUGGAUGUAUGAGUCAAACUGAACUGACGGAACCGACAGGUUGAUAGAAGGUUGGGUGC